UUAGACUAUUAUGGAGGAUACCUCUCAUUCUCUCCUUCCUUCCGAGCCAGCUCUUGUUGUUGAUUCAUCUUAGGGAUAGUCUUUCUUAUUACUAUUUACUCUUGGAUUUUGUAUUUAUCUCUUCACUUGUUUUCCUUUUCGAACACAAGCACUCAAUUCUCUCUUUCUCUCUUCUCCAAAUCCACAUAUCUUCAUCUGCCUGAUUUCUUUUUCCGCGUAGUUGAUUUAAUUAUUUAGUCUUGACGUAGAGGGUGCAAUGUCAGCAGAUUUUAACGUGAUAUGUGGAUUAAUGUAUGAGGCUGAAGCAGCUAGUCAGAAGGAUACCAGUGUUGAUUGUAAUGGUGACAAGAAUGAUGAUGGUCCUGUCAAAGCUGGAGCUGAUCAGGUUGGGGAAUUGAAGGGUGAUGGGGUGGAAUCUGAGUCCAAAACCGGUGUCCGUGACGAUCAAGAAAAUAUUCAGUCUGCGGAGGAGGAGAGGGAAGAAAAGCCGGUGGCAAUCUUGGAAGAUCCAGAUGUAGAAGGGAACAAACAGGAGUUAAUUAAUCACGAUGAACUCUCAAAUGCAGUGGCAGAAGCUCAGGAAUACCAAUCCACUAGUGUGGAUGUUGCUGAGUCUGAGCAAAAUCGAUCAAGUAAUGAUGAGGAGGAAAGCAAAUUUAAUUUGUCCAUUGACGUAAAAGGACAUGAAGAUUCUCAGGCCGUAGUUAUCGAUGGUGUUCAUAAUUAUUUGGGUUUGCAUUUGGAUCAGCAGAGUGACCCGGUGGAAUUGAACAAUACUGAUGAUGUUGCGGAAUCCGAGCCCGAUCAGUAUAGGAAUGAUGAUAAGAAGAUUGAGGAAAGCAAAUUAGGUUCGAAAGAUUCUCAGACUGAAGUUAGCAAGGGUCUUCAUAAUAGUUCGGACUUGUAUCGGGAGAAUAAACCGAAGGACUUGACGAAUGGUGAUGAUGUUACUGAAUCCAAACCAAAACCAUCUAGCAAUGAUGGAGAGAAAGUAGAGUUAGAGGAGAAAAGCAAAUUGGACUCAGCCAUCCAAUUAGACGAAGACAAAUUAUCUCAGCCUGUUGUUACCAAUGGUGUUCAUAAUAAUUUGGAUUUGAACCAGGAGAAGGAACCGUCUGAAUUGAUCAAUGAUGUUCCCCUGAAAGAUUCUGGUGAGGCGUCUGGGGAUUCUCUCGAGCAGAACUCGGAAACAGCCCCAGUUGUGGCUGAUGAAAUACUGGAAGCAGAAUCUGAUGAAGGUCUUUUAUCCGAUGGAAAUAGAGAAGGCUUAUCUGCUGGUCAUGCUCAAGAUACUGUUGCAGAAACUCAGGUUGUUGAUAGCCUGGUUGAUGCCAAACAAAAUUUGUCUGAGAGCUCUUCCGAAAAUGUUGAACUCGGAGCAACUUCUGAUGCUGAAACUGGGAAGAGUUUUCCAAUUGCUAGUGAUAAUGGUACAUCAGGAGACGCAACAAAUCACAUCCUCAAGGAUGCUGUGCAAUCAGAGGUGCUGGCUGCCAUUGGCCUUGAUAUUCAUGAAGAAGGCUUGCUUGUCAACCUGGAAAGUGCUUCACAAACUGUUCUUGUAAAUGACUUCGUUCAUGCCAGUCAAAUGACAUCUGAGCAUAGUCAUACCUUGGAAAUCAGCAUGGAAGUGUCCUCCGAUGAUGUUGCAUCUGUUAAAAGUUGUGAAAGCUUCCCAAUUUCUCCUAGCAAUGAUGAUAUGGUGGCAGAACUAGCUGUCGAAAUUAAUGAUUCUCUAUCAGUGGAAGAUACAAAGCUAUGUGAUAUUGCGAGAACAGAGACGGAGGUUGAUAGCUUACAUGCUGAUGAUAGUGGAAUUACUCAAGUUGAUGCAAAAGUAGAAGCUGGAGUUGAUAAUGGCCCUACUUAUGAUGUGAAGCCAGAUAUUGGGACUGCCCCUUCCAUUGAACCAGAAGAGAAAGUAUCUUCAAGCAACCCUGCUAAUGAUGUGAAGCCAGAUAUUGGGACUGUUUCCCAUUCCAUUGAACCUGAAGAGAAAGUAUCUUCAAGCAGCCCUGCUAAUGAUGUGAAGCCAGAUAUUGGGACUGUUUCCCAUUCCAUUGGACCUGAAGAGAAAGUAUCUUUUAGCAGCCCUGCUAAUGAUGUGAAGCCAGAUAUUGGGACUGUUUCCCCUUCCAUUGAACCUGAAGAGAAAGUAUCUUCAAGCAGCCCUGCUAAUGAUGUGAAGCCAGAUAUUGGGACUGUUUCCCAUUCCAUUGAACCUGAAGAGAAAGUAUCUUUAAGCAGCCCUGCUAAUGAUGUGGAGCCAGAUAUUGGGACUGUUUCUCAUUCCAUUCAACCUGAAGAGAAAAUAGAUAUUGUUGCUGCUGGGGUGGGGAAAGGAGCUUUGAAAGUAUAUGUUGCUGAGGUGAGGAAAGGAGCUUUCGAUGUCACCAAGUUUCCAAGAUAUGAUGAAAAUAACAAAGAAAAGGUAAAACAUGAUAAAUUUCAAGUUGAGAAGAGUAGUAAAAGUCGGGAUGCUAUUCAACCUCAAAUCCAAAUGAAAAGGUUCGGGGACCAAAACAAUCAGACCGCUAAAACUAAAGGGCAUGCAAAACCUGCUGCUUUGGAGAAUGGUUCACUAACUGUUUGUGGAAAGUAUUGGAUUGAGGAGCCAAGACAAGAUGAGAAUAAGCGGAUUAAGGCGGAAGAAGAGGUGGCUAGGAAGGCAAGACAAGAUGAGAAUAAGCGGAUUAAGGCGGAAGAUAAGUUGGCUAGGAAGGCAGAGGAAUUGAGAAAGGAAAAGGAAGCAGCCAUGUUAAAGGAGCAACGGAGAUUGGAGGAGAAUGCCAAAGCUAAAGAGGCAAUGGAGAGGAAGAAACGAAUGGCAGACAGGGCUCAAGCCAGGGCUGCACUAAGAGCAAAGAGGGAAGCUGAGCAGAAAGAGAAGGAAAGGGAGAAGAAGGCAAGGAAGAAGGAAAGGAAGAAGGCAGCAGUAGAGGAUACUAAAGAUAUCGAUGAGAUUGAAUCUUCUCCUAGUUCUGAAACUCCUACUGAAAUGGAAGAGUCUGAAAGAGCAGAAAAACCUGUGACAAAGAGGCCUCAAAAGCCAUCAGAGUUUGCAAAGCAGACCAAGUAUAAAUCAAUGCCUCUGCCGCUUCGCAACAGGGGUAAGAGAAAGAGGCAGACAUGGAUGUGGGUCCUUCUCUCACUGCUUGUUGUUAUCACCUUGUUUUUUGUGGGGAACAGCGGCUUCUUUCAUGCUGUGCUGCAAAGGUCUGGCAUCUAAAUACACACAUAUUCAUUAGAUAAUCACAGAGAGGUUUCCUAUAGAUAUUUAAUUAAGCAAUUCUUUGUACUCUUCCGGUGUUUCCUUCCAUCCGAGUUUGCUUUAUUUACUCUCUGGGUUUUACUUCCACACAACCCAUUGACAGUUGGUUUUUUUCUGUUAUAUGCCAACAUUAACAUAAAUCAUCUGCUAUUGAGUUUAUUUAUUUAGUUUGAUACAAAAUAAUAAGCACAGUAUCUGUGAA